UUUUCUUCUCCAUGCGUUAUGAGUGAGGGAGCUUGAGAGAGAGUCAGAGAGGCGUCUCACAAGUGACAGUUCUUCAUUCGUAGAUAGGUAAGGCACUUGGUACUCUGAUGGACCUCCUCUAUUAGACCUGCUCGCACUUUAAGAGACAGCUUCUUGCAUACCAGGAGAGCAGUUUCUCCAGCGUGCCUUAGUUUUGACAGCUGACAAGUUACAAACACACUCCCUUCUCACGAGCCUGCUUUACUCGAUAGAACUCGGUAGAAAGCGUGGACUGUCUGAAAGUCAUGAUGGAGAUGAAGGUGCUGGGAUGCGCGUUGCUUUUUCCUCUCCAGAUCUUCUUGUGCAUAUUGAGGGCGAUCGUGCGCUUCUUCGCGCGUCAGAAGCGCAGAGAUCUGGGCACUGAUGUGGUCCUCAUCACUGGAGGUGGAAGAGGAAUCGGCCGUCACCUGGCGAAAGAGUUUGCCAAGCAAGGAGCAAGAAAGGUGAUUUUGUGGGGCCGCACAGAGAAAUGUUUAAAAGAGACCUGUGAGGAGAUCUCUAUGACUGGAACAGAGUGUCAUUACUUUGUGUGCGAUGUGGGCAACAGAGAGGAGGUGUACCAGCAGGCCAAAGUGCUCAGGGAAAAGGUUGGCGAUGUCACCAUUCUAGUCAAUAAUGCAGCUGUUGUUCAUGGGAAAAGUCUAAUGGACAGUGACGAUGACGCACUCCUGAAGACUCAGCACAUAAACACACUUGGACAGUUCUGGACCACGAAAGCAUUUCUGCCUCGCAUGCUGGAGCUGUGCAACGGCCACGUGGUGUGCAUUAACUCCAUUCUCUCCCUCUCCUCCAUCCCUGGAGCCAUCGACUACUGCACGUCCAAGGCCUCUUCUUAUGCCUUCAUGGAAAGCCUGACGCUAGGCCUGCUGGACUGCCCUGGAGUGGGCUGCAGCACGGUGCUUCCCUUCCAUACUGACACAGAAAUGUUCCAGGGCAUGAGAGUGAGGUUCCCUAAGCUGUUUCCUCCUCUGAAUCCUGAGAUGGUGGCCGAGCGCACUGUGGAUGCAGUUAGGACCAACACUGCCUUCGUUGUCCUGCCAUGGACCAUGCACUUUCUUGUAAUCCUUAAGAGCCUUUUGCCCCAGUCUGCCCUGGAAGAGAUCCAUAAGUUUUCAGGAAGCUAUACCUGCAUGAACACAUUCAAAGGACGGACUUAAACUCAGGAACAGCUUGACUGUGAAAAAUACUCAAAACCAAUUUUUCAUGCAAAGUAAGCACUACGUCCAGGAACAUCAAUCUGUUGCUUUGUGGACGCAAAAAAAAGACUGUGAAAGGGUUAUUGGGAACAGCGUAUCAAGAUGGCUUGUUUUCCCAAGAACUAUUAUGUCUUACGUGGAAGAAAUUUGGAUUUGGUUGCCCUAUACUGGACUGCACACAGGCAUGUAGGUGAAAGUGUUCCUUGGAUAUUGUGAUAACAAGGAGCACAGACUGUUACAGUUAAGAAAGAAAUGGUUCUUUAAAUGCUCUGAGGUUUUCAUCAGGGUUUUUUUGCCCUUGGGAGUUUAAUAGGUUUUCAAUGAUUUUUUUGUUACAACACACAUACGGCAAAUAUAUAUAUUCUUAAAUAUAUUUCAAAAUAAAUUGCUAAUAUAGAUGUUAAAAAAUAAAUAUAUAAUUUCAGUAAGUUUUAGUUAUUUCUUCUUUUUUUUUUGCCGCUUUUUAUUUUUUUAAUCUAAAUACUGUAUAUUAAUAUUGUCCAAAACAUAUUUUUAAAAAAUAUAUUUUUACAUUUACCCAAAAUUAAUUUUAAGAUUGUAAAUGUAUUGUCUUGCACCUUGAAGUACAUUUUGUAAUAUAUUUUGGGUUAAACAAAAUUGUAUUUUGAAUUUGAAAAAUAUAUUUCCUUAAGCGGUGCUGUUUACCUCAUAUAUUUAGCAUAUAUUUGAAAUAUAUUUUGAACAGAAAAAUAUAUGUUUUUUUGCCGUAUGGGACUUGUUUAAAGGAAUUCCAGCAUGCCUAUCUUCUUAUUAAUGUCAACUUCAAAUAAACAGUAUUUGAUCUUAAAAAAA